ACAGCACAAUAUUUGUCUGAAAUUUUAACAGAUAUCAUAAGUGAUUGGGCUAUCGAAGUAAAAGUCAUUGCGAUUGUAACAGACUCUGGUGCGAAUAUAAAAGCUGCAAUUAGAAAAGUAAAACAAGAUAUCGCAACUCGUUAGAACAGUACAUUAUGUUAGAACGUCUUUUAAUGAUUAAAGAACCCUUAAUGCUAGUAUCCAUGUCUUUACCACGUUGUCCUAAUAUGCCAACAAAUGAACAGUGGAAAGUUAUAAAUGAUUUUGUUGCACUUCUGAAACCAUAUGAAAGUUUGACUUUACAACUAUCAUCAGAAAAACGACCAACUUUAGGAAAAGUUAUACCACUUAUAAGAGGUUUACUAUUAACAGUUGGAAAUAAAAAUCCAGCAACAUCUCCGGGAAACUAUUUGAAGAAAAAUUUACUGGAACAAACAACAAAACGGUUUGGAGAUAUACAGGGAAAAUAUCCAUCACAUUUGUAUUCAAAGGCGACAAUAUUAUCUCCUCGAUUUAAAAAAGCAGCUUUUACAUCUAUUGAUAAUGCUAAUGAAGCUGAACAAGAAUUACUAAAAGAUCUUACUGAAUAUCUAGAAAAUCAUGGUCCUUUGAGAACUGAACAAAUUAUACCAGAGAGUACGAUUUCAGAAUCUAAUACCAAGUUGAAUUCAAUACCUGAAGAAAAUCUACUUAAUUUUUUAGAAACAACUGUCUCUACGCUUCGUUCUCAAACAACCUUCUCAAUCACAGCAAAAGCAUUAUGUAGACAAUAUUUUGAUGUAGAAUUUUUAAACAUAACAGAUAAUCCAAUAUUAUUUUGGAAAAAUAACAAUCUAAUGUUUGGGGCACUGUCCGAAAUUGCAUUAAAAUACUUAUGCAUUCCGGCUACAUCCGUACCAUCAGAAAGAAUAUUUUCCAAGGCGGGUCAAAUAGUCAGCAUCAGACGUAAUAGAUUAUUACCCAAAAACGUAGAUAAAUUACUUUUUUUAAAUUCAAAUUCAGAAAAAUAAUUACUAUUUUAUACUUAAAAUAAUCAUAUAUUUUUUUAUUUUG